CCCUCGGAGCAUCUCUGUGGCCUAUGUGAAAUUUAACACGGCAGCCAAACAGCUGAUAGAAUUGGAUAAGCCCUCAGGUUCUGCUGUUGACUCCGGAGAAGGUACCUCUGGAGCAGCCCACAACAAUUCAACCCAAAAGCACACAGAUACUAAGAAAAACACCAAAAAACGGCACUCUUUUACCUCCCUCACAAUGUCCAACAAGUCUUCACAGUCUUCUCAGAAUCGGCACUCCAUGGAAAUCAGUCCUCCUGUCCUCAUCAGCUCCAGCAACCCAACCGCAGCAGCCCGCAUAAGUGAGCUGACGGGGCUCUCCUGCAGUGCCCCUUCUCAGGUUCAUAUUGGUACCACGGGGCUAAUUGUGACUCCACCCCCUAGCAGCCCAGUCACAACAGGGCCUUCAUUUACCUUCCCCUCAGAAGUUACCUACCAAGCUGCUCUUGGUAAUAUGAAUCCCCCACUUCCACCACCUCCUCUCUUGUCUGCUGCCAUCAUCGCGUCUGCCUCUUCUGGACCUCAGCCGGCAGGUGUAAUACAAAGGCCUGCAUCAGGAUCAGCUGACCAAAUGGCACAUCUGCGACCCCAGGCUCGUCCAAGUGUGUAUAUUGCUAUAUACCCUUAUACUCCUCGGAAGGAAGAUGAGCUGGAACUGCGGAAGGGCGAAAUGUUCUUGGUGUUCGAGCGCUGUCAGGAUGGCUGGUUCAAGGGAACGUCCAUGCAUACGAGCAAGAUUGGUGUUUUUCCUGGCAAUUACGUGGCUCCAGUUACAAGGGCAGCGACAAGUGCGUCACAAACCAAAGUUCCCACGUCUACCGCUGGCCAAACAGGACGAGUGGUAACGAUGGUCAGCCCUUCUGCCGCUAGUGGAACAUCUCAGAAGCUCCAGGGGAAUGGUGUGGCAGUGAAUUCCAGCACAGUACCCGCAGCCGUGGUUUCUGCGGCGCAUAUCCAAACUAGUCCACAAGCCAAGGCCCUUAUGCACGUGACAGGACAGAUGACAGUCAACCAGGCUCGCAAUGCAGUUAGAACAGUUGCUGCACACAGUCAGGAAAGACCUACAGCGGCAGUCACACCCAUACAAGCACAGAGUUCAACAUGCCUUAUUCCUGCAGCUAUGAUCGUUCCCCACCACUCUGUUGCUUCCCAGCAGCUCCAGCCCCAGCUUCCGAGUACUGCUGCUUACAUCACAGCUGUCAACGUGAACCGAUGUGCAGCAGCUUCUCUGAAUUCUCCCAACAUCGCUGCUUCGUCUUUGGAGGGAGAGAUGAGUGGGAGAUCUGGAGCCCCUGCAUCUCCAGAGAGCGCUUUAGCUGCAGCUGGUGGAAAUGCUGCUGUCAGUAAAGCAGACAAGGAUGGCAAGAAAGAAAAAAAGGGUUUGCUGAAACUGCUGUCGGGAGCAUCCACGAAACGCAAGCCCCGGUUGUCACCUCCAGCGUCACCAACGCUGGAAGCUGAGCAAGCAGCCGUCGAGUUCGCCCUGCAAGGGGCAGUCGGGCCGGAACUCCUGCCAGCGGGUGGUCACAGCAAAGCAGGAUCCUGUCCCACGGACGGCGAGGUCCCUGGACUGGCACCCGAGGCGCUGCAUCAGAAACCAAGUUCCCUGGAUGCUAUGCCGAUAGCGCCGCCCCCUCGGCAGCCUUGCUCAUCCCUGGCUCCGGUCCUGAAUGAAUCCCGACCUCUUGUCUGUGAAAG